UGUUGCAAACUCGUUGUUGCAAAUUCAACUCCAUUUUUAAAACUGUAAAAAAUCGAAAACAUGCGCAGAGUAGAUGUCAAGAUGGCGUAAUUUUUACAAAUGUCAAGCUAUAAAAUUUGAUGGAAAUGUCAAUGAUAGAUGUGGCAACCUAGCCAAAAAAAAAGAACUCAAAUUAGCUGACUCAGAGCAUCACCGGAUGGUCUCUUCCGGAAACUUUUUGAUCAAACUGGUAUUUCUAGCAGUGUAGAUGGCGUUGAGUAUAUAAGUCUGCUGUGAGAUAUACCGCAGCAUAUUGUCUCUAAAAUUAUUACUUGACACAGUCAUGGAGAAUCCAAGAAUCUAUAGUGAAUGUGACAAAGUACAAAAGAAUAGAAUAUCAUCUAUAAUCGAAGAGUUCAGCGAAGAUUUAAUGAAUAUAUGUGGAAAGUGUAUGGACAUUGGCUGCGGUCCUGGAAAUAUAACAAAGGAUUUUUUAUUACCUUCUCUUGACUCAAAUGCACAAAUAAUUGGUACGGAUAUUUCGGAGAAUAUGGUCAAAUAUGCGAAUAAGACAUUUGGUGACAAAAAACGACUUCAAUUUAAAAUAUUGGAUAUUGAAACUAAAAAUUUGCCUAAGGAAUAUAUUUCUGAAUUUGAUCAUAUAUUUUCGUUUCAAACUUUGCAAUGGUGCAAGAACAUUCGACAAGCUUUCGAAAAUAUUUAUCAAAUGCUAAAACCUAAUGCAACUAUGCUUGUGUAUGUAAUAGCAUCUCAUGAUAUUUUUGAAAUUCUCAAAUUGUUGGAGCAAGACACCCGCUUUGCACAAUACAUACCCAAUUCGAUGAAAAAUAUUUCGCCAUAUCAAGAGUCAAAAAAUGCUCGUAAAGAGUUACGGGAAUUACUUCAAAAUGUCGGAUUUACAGUUCAUCAUUGCAGUCUUCGAGAGGCGAUAUAUUCCGACGAAAAACCGAUACUACAGCAGUUUUUGGAUUCGCUAAUAUGCCUCUUGACAUUUAUUGAAGACAUGCCAUAUGACUUGAUGAAAGAAUUCAAGAACAUACUUUCAUAUGAAUAUAUGAGAAGACGGUUUUAUUAUAAAUCAAUGGAUAAUGAUAAAGAACUUGUAUUAGACCAAUGUAAAGUAUUAGUAGCUUAUGCACAAAAGAAUAUAUAACAAUUGCAUAAAGAUAAGCCAUUACAAAAUAAGACGUUUAUAUAUUGUAUUAUGUAACAUUAUUUUU